CCAACUAACAUCCCUGCUCACGACGAUCUUCUGAGCAACUUUAUAAACAAACUGCGAAUUUUAACCCGACGCCUUAUUAAGUGGGGGUUAGUGGAUUAAUAGUUUGGUUUUCUUGUCCAGCUAAACAGCUGUCCAAACCCUUCAUCCAAAGAAGGGAAGGCGGUGAGCGCGUCACAAAUUCCGGUAGUUCGUGUUUUUCUUUUGUUCCUGGUAACAAACACAAAAAACACCCAAGCGAGUCGCAGUUUGCGAGACCGGGCGGCGUUCUUAUACGAAGCUCUGGUUGACAAAAACAACUGUGCGUAGCUGUGCAUCACAUACGUGUGUGUGUGUAACCAUAUUAAUGUGGGUUGGUGGGUGACACGGCGGUCGUCGGGAGCUGAUUCAGUAAGGGCCACACACCCGCACAUGGCUCCCGUAAACGUGGAGCGAACAACGUGAUCACAGGUAAGCGGCUGGGCUCGACGAUUGAGGGCACGGGGCUUGGGCAGGACAGGUGGCUAAGGCGACUGUGUCGCUGGUUUACGAAGAGUAGCAGCCGCAGAAGCUGCCAGGUUUUAAACGACGUCCCUCGCAGAGACGGAGCGAUGCAAUCGGAUCGGUGAAUCAUCAUCUCUGGAGGCGACGACUUGGGGAGGCUGACUUUCAUCCUAGCAGUGGAUUGAGCUAGGCUGAUGCUGAUGAUGAUAAUAUACAAAUGUGAACUUUAACAGGGCAGUUUGUAUUAUAAUAUACGUUUUACAGGACGUCAAAUGUAGUCGCGGUUUUUUACGAUUUACGCGGACAAAUGUUAAGAUGAGGAAGUAACACGACGACCGUGGCACCGUGUCAAGCUGCACAGGAGGUGCACUGCUAUUGCGUGUGCUGCUGCUGCUGGUGUGUAUCGUGCCGGGGAGCGGUGGUGCACUGGUUAUCAACCACUGCGCGAUUGGGUCCGAUUCCCCAGUGUGGUAUAACUAAAUGUUGUGAUUCUGGGCCAACCCGAACUCGACUGUGGCCUUAAAUCAAUCCGGAGAGCACCUGCCUUGCGGUGUUUGUAACACAUCAGCAGUUCAGCAACCACCCUAACUCGUGAAUUAACACCGGUGGGGGGGUGAGGGUGUGCUGGCGAACAUCACCUUGCCCCGGCAGUCUGUGAAAGGGUGGAUGGGUGGCUUAUAGGGGAGGAGGACUCUGGCAAGAGGACACUGCAAUUCAAACGCAACGCUUCAUCUCCACGGACGCUCUCGCAGGACGCAAGCUGAUGAAAGCCUAAGGGUUGUACAGCCGCCACUAUCGCCACUCUCUCAGCGGCAGCGGCGGCGGCGGCGGCAGCAGCAACAACGUCGGAAACGACGAGGACGAUGCCAUUCCUACCGGGACACCUGGAGCAUCCCGCGACGCGCCUGUGCCGCCCGUGCCCGGCCGGCGAAAUGGCGCUGACGGAGUGCACCGCAGCCCGGGAGACCGAGUGCAUCCCCUGCCAGCCGGGCACCUACACGGACAAACCCAACACGCUGCACCACUGCCUCCUGUGCCGCCGCCCCUGCGCCGGCCUGGAGCGAGAGGAGUCGAGCUGCGAGGCCACCUCGCCCCGCCACUGCGUUUGCAAGCCCGGCGCCUACCUGGUCGACGGGCGGUGCCAUCAGCACCGCGAGUGCCCGCCCGGGUACGGGGUGCACAGGCGCGGCACCAACGAGACGGACGUGGAGUGCAAGCGGUGCCUCUCCUACUACUUCUCGCUGGAAGUGCCGGGGAAGGACGGCGCGGCUCGGUUCUGCCGGCGGCACACGAACUGCCAGGAGCGCGGGCUGAAGGUCCUGCGCAUCGGGACGAGGAAGAACGACACCGUGUGUGCCAAGAACGUGACUAUGACUCGCGGCGGUCCCAGUCGCACCUCCCUGCUGUCGCCACCCCCCACCAAGCCCUGCGGACCCGAUGACAAGUUCCGUGACGAUGCGAUGCCCUGGUACCACGCGUACGGCCACGUCGCCAUAGUCGUAAGCCCCGCCAUCAUCAUCGUCCUCGCCAUCGUCAUCGUCGUCCUCAUCGGAGUCAUCGUGUGGCAGCGCCGAUGCUUGAGGAAAAUGAAGCUGCAGAAAUUAUGCAACUCGGAUUCACCAGUGACGCACUGGUUGAUGGCGACCAAGAAAGAAGGUGACAAGGUCUACGUGCUCAAUGACGUGGCACUGAAGAUAGGCACCGACUGGAGCAAACUCCUGGGACAGCUGGGCAUCAGCGAUUGGGCCGUCUUCCAGCAGCAGCACCCGCACAGCAUUCACAAGCAGGCGCUGUCCGCGCUGGAGCACUGGGCCCACAAGGACAGAAACAGAUGCGUGGACGACCUACGCCGAGGCCUGGAGCGAAUCGAUCGCAGGGAUGUUCUGGACACCCUGGAUGACCUCGUCGAUCCGCAGCUGUAGCCCCAUCAGAGGGGGUGCAACGAACAGGACUACAUGGGGCGUCUGUGCAAAUAGAAAUCAACGAAGGAAAUUGUGUAGGUAUGAACAACAGCAAGACUUAACGAAGAAAGAAAACACAACUGUGCACUGUAUUUACAUUUCGCGCCGUCGUCUCCGGAAUCCGAUGGGACAUCAAAAUGAUUUGCAGUGUGUUGGGUUAGGAUAAAGGUGCAGCCCUGCAACUGCUUGUUCAUGCUGGCGGAAGGGCCUCUACGAGAGACAACCCUAGAUAGCGCCUCUAGAGGGCACUUGGCCUCCUCUUCUACACUGGCCAGACAUCUUGGAGGAGGUUGCAGAACCCACACUUAACACCACCAAUACUAAACCUGCCCGUUGACUAAAUUGUGAUGGAAAAAACAGGACCAAUUUCUCUAUUACCGAUUGCAAAAUGUGCUAUUUAGUCAGAGCAGCAUGACUUUGUGCGCAAUGAAGCUGCAAUGCUACACUACUGUGCCACACUACUUGUUGACAUUGCUGUGUCAAACAGCUCAAGGACACUACUGCACCAAUCUUCUUGGUGACACUGCUGUGGCCAAACUGCUCAUAAACACUGCUGUCCCACACUGCUAAGUGACAUUGCUGUGGCCAAACUGCUCAAGGACACUACUGCAUCAAUCUUCUUGGUGACACUGCUGUGGCCAAACUGCUCAGAAACACUGCUGUCCCACACUGCUAAGUGACAUUGCUGUGGCCAAACUGCUCAAGGACACUACUGCAUCAAUCUUCUUGGUGACACUGCUGUGGCCAAACUGCUCAGAAACACUGCUGUCCCACACUGCUAAGUGACAUUGCUGUGGCCAAACUGCUCAAGGACACUACUGCACCAAUCUUCUUGGUGACACUGCUGUGGCCAAACUGCUCAAAAACACUGCUGUGCCACACUACUCGGUGACGCCGCUAAGCCAAACUGAUCAGAGAAACUUCUAUUGCCACACCGCUCGUUGACACUCCCGUGACAAACGUUUCAAGAGCUGCUCGUGCAAAGGCACAGUCGCGAAUACAUCUACGGUGGAACGCUACGACAAUUCGCAAACACCGGCAUCUCCACUCCGCGCACACGCCGUGACUCAAUGGGCAAAGUGCACACACAACCUUUCUGCGAGAAGGGGCAGAGAUAGAACACAGGUCACUCCCCCGCCCCCCCCACACCGCUAUUUCAUUCGUUGCAUCGAUGCCCAUGCCAUCCGUGUUCAGCUACUUGCGUCGACCGAUCGUCAAGCACGAAAACCCAAGCCGGAACGCGAAUCUCAAAAUCAUCGGGGGUGGCAGCACGUUCAUCGUCAUUUCUCGAGUGCACGUAAAAAUCUCCGACACGAAGAGCCAGUUCGCCUUUUUGCGCAACGGUGUUUGUUGUCUUGGUGCCUUCAAUCCUGUCCGGAUGUUUCAGCCACCCUUCAGUCCCCUGUGCGCGCGCCUGUCCGACCGUGAUCGAACGCCAAUCGACGUGUCCCUCAAAUGUCGCUCGCCGAGGAUGAUUUUGUGCCCGUGGACCAGAGGCGAUGGUUUGGUUACCACCUGAGCAGUGCCGGAUUAAGCUAGUGCGGGGCCUGUAGCAUAUGUUAUAAAGGGGCCCUAAAUUUUAAAAAAAAAACAUUAAAACAGCAAAUAUAUAUUCUAGAUUUGAAGCUUUCGUGACUGCAAGGAUUCAUAUUCUUAGGUUUUUUCUGUGACGGUUCCACCUGAAGACGGAAGCUUGUGUUGUCUCCGAAACGUCGUGAUUUCUAUUUUAUUUUAUAUUUAUUAAUUUUAGUGUUUUACCUACGUGACUUUACCGAAAAAACCUAAGAAUACGCAAACUAUAUCUUGCAUAGUAAAGUAAUUGUAUUAUUUCAUUUGCUAUACAGACAGAUAAUACAACAAAUCGCUAACCUUAAACACCCAGUCGUUCGUAAAAGUUGAAGGCGGUAUAGUACUAUAGUAAUAGAGCAAGUGCAGAAUCACUAAACCGGAAUUGAUAGCUUGAAAGCAUUUAGCGCGAGGCCCUUGAAAGUGCGGGGCCCGUAGAAUACGUAGCUACUUUUGCUACGAGGAUAAUCCGGCACUGCACCUGAGCAGCCAAAACAUUGUUGGUGUGAAUUUCUAGACCCUAGGGUGUAGUGCAGGCCGUGAGUGAUAUUUUAACCAUACUUCACCACGCUGGUAAGUGUAGGUUGCUGACCGUAGGUGAUGGUGCAGAACAACAGUGGAUGUUUCUUCUGCACCGCCCUCAAUGUCUAUGGCGCCCGUCUUUGCGCAUGCUGAUCGCCCAACCCGAGGGCUAUCCAGGCUCAACCCUGCCAGACUUCUUGGAUCUGAUCAGAUUUGAGUAGAUUGCAUGGAACUUUCAUAACGUUACACCACACGUUUAACAUGCAAUUAAACGAAGGGAUCAAUGAGUUGGUAUAUUUUGUGUCGGCAAAUAGACUGACUUCUUGUAACUUGAAACGGGUCUCCCGGACCCAACCGCUGGAUCAGUGCAGGCUGUAGAAAUUGGGGUUUGUAUUCUUGGGAUAACAAACGUCAUGAAGUUAUAUGAGACAUCUCCUUUACCAGUGGCAAAAUAUAGUAGUAGGUUUUUACCCUUUCAACUGGUACAAAAACUGACACCUUUAUACAAGGCAUCAUGUUUGCAAUAACCACAACACAAGCAGUCAAAAUGCAAACAAAAAGAAACAUAUCAUUACCAUCAUCAGAGUUGUUUAGUUUUGUUUGCAUGUUGACUGCUUGUGUUGUGGUUAUUGCAAACAUGAUGCCUUGUAUAAAGGUGUCAGUUUUUGUACCAGUUGAAAGGAUAAAAACCUACUACUAUGUCAUGAAGUUCAUUAAUAAGUUAUGCGGUGUUUCGCAGCAUUGAUAGUGAUAUAAUUUUACCUGUGUUUACUUUACUUCAGUCACUGUAAUGCUCCACAGAAGCACAAAUAUGGGUUUUUUUGUUAAUAUAAAUAGAAUGGAGUUUUGUAUGUAUGUACCGCAGGUUGAACUUCUUUCGCACCGUACGUAAGUGGUUGCUAAUCGGAGGUGCCGCGCAACGACGUCUCUGGUUUACGAUGAAAUGGGCCCCAUCGUGAAGUUAGAUGGCUCUUGUCAAUAUUGUAACAACAACAACAACCUGAUAGCACAAGUGUCUGUGUGUGUGUGUUCUGUUUAACGAGCCUGACUGCUCUAGAGCCAAAACCAGUCGAGAUUUGUUUUUGGUUGUGCCAAUAAAUGCUGCUGGUAUAUGUAGUGGUCGUAAAUGCUAAGAACGAUUUCAUGUGUAACGCCGUUUUCAACUGUAAUUUACUUCCUUCUAUCGCGUGGUUAUAAAAAAAAAAUCCGAAGAAACCCGACUAAGUUUGUCAUCCCAGAUGAUAUCACGAAACGAAACAUCUGCGUCUGAGCACCGGUGGCCUGUUGGCUUGAGACGAACAAUGACUCAUCGAUUUGCAUGCCACAAAAUGCACAUUCACGGCAGCGGGGAAAUGUAGACCGCUUUGUUACCUGACAUACGGUGACACAUUUGCGAAUCAGCAAAACAAUUGUCAAGAAACCCCCCAUCCCACUUCAAAAAAUUGGUGUUACUUCGCAAAGGGUAUUGCUCAUCAGUUCAGAU